AUGCCGCUGCGCCUGUCUGACAUCACAGGCAGGUUCACCCUGGCCGUCACCACGUACCUGGCCAUGAUCUACCAGAGCAGCAGUGUGCGGAUGCCAUGGAUUUCGGAAGCCAGAGCAGUAGACAUCUGGUUCGGAGGAUGCCAGGCUCUCAUCACGCUGAUGAUGUUGGAGACAGGACUGGUCCAUUUCAUCUACUCCCGUCGCCUGAAGAAGGAGGAGAAGAAGGUCCGGAAGCAGCAGGAGAACCCUCCGAUCAGGAUCCCCCGCCCGGGGUACUCCACCGCCCCUGCCAGCAGCCUGGAGGAGCUGUUCGGCCGCCGCUGUCCCGAGGGUGUUCUCCGAGUCAGCGCCUUCGAUAGAAUCAGCAGGCCGUUCAAGAUCCCCAGGCCGAAGCUGAAGGACCCGGGGAACAUCAUGUGGCACCGCCUGCCGGACCAGAAGUGGAUCGUCAUCCCCCGGCCCGAGGACAAAGACGAGGCGGAUAGUCCGGAACCGGCGGCGCCAAAGGACAAGGGGCAGAAGAAGGCCAGCAAGCUUAAGAAGUCCAACAAGAAGGCCAAGAAGGAAGAGCGACGAUCUAAGACCCAGCGUCCUGAGUCGAUCCCGCUGCAGAAGUUGGACCGGGAGUCCUCGGAAAUGAACCUGAGGAGACGGCGGCAGCCAGUCCGUAACCCGGGCGAAGAUCUGGUGCGCGUCGGGUGGGAGCUGGCCGCAGGAGGAGGCUGGAAGUCCGUGUACGGCACCGAGGAGAUGGCGGACGACAUCGCCAAGACCUGCAAACCCAUCCCCAGGGCCAAUACCGUAUACCAGCUCCGCGGAGUGUGCGAUCCGGACAGUCCGGUGGUCACGGUCCCGAUUCCCGCGGAGUUCACUUCGUACGCCUUCCCCCCUUCCAUCAUCGACCCGGAGGAAGAGGCAGAGAAGCUGGAGAAGAUAGAGGCUGUGACGGCCAGGAUUGACCGGGUGGCCAGGAUUGUGUUUCCUGUCGUCUUUGUGGCUUUCUGUGUUGGAUUUUUCCUCCAAUUUUACUCUCUUGGAUAUUAG